AUGAUUGAUAAGGAUACCUACAUCGCCUACACGCGAUCUGGUAGAGCUGUGGCCCAGAAGAUAGUUAGCAAGGGUGUGUCAAAGGAGGCUUUAUUUGCUUUAAAGGCUUGGUGUCUCCCGCCGGGUCCGGGUGACUCCUCUGGAAAGAUCCUUAUUACAUUUAUAGGCGAGUUGGAGCCCGCUGCCUGCUGCCGCUCGUCUUAUGCUCUUGUGCUCAUCUUCUUAUUUACGCGUGAAUUAGAAAAUUACCACAGAUUAAGACACCUUAAUUUUUUUUACUUUACUUUAGAAUUAUAA